CAACAUUGAUUAGUACAGUCCAAUCAUAGUGCUACUGUAUGCUGCGCUCUCGCCCAGUUUAUAUCCUUGAUCUCCCAUUGUACUCGCAUACGAAAGACAAAUCAACACAAGGGCUCAUGGGCCAAUUGACACAAUUGUCAUGACCUCAGCUUGAAACUAUACUCAGACACUCACUCAGGUCUCAUUAUUUGUUGUAAAACCAACUGAGUCAACGCGACUGCUAAUCAUGGAUUUAAUAGUUCUCUUAUCCGAACCUCGGAUAUCCGUUAAGCCCCUCCGACGUCAUUCUCAACAUCGCAACCAUUUUUAUUGAACAGACUCAAGAUGGCCAUUCCUUCGAUACAGGCCCUGCGAUCACACUAUACCACAUCCUGGAAGAACUUCCUCGCCUCAUCUAAGGAUCUUGAAAUUCUGUCCUCUGUCCCCGCCGAUCGCCCGCAGUCUCCCUCCGUUCUCUACGUCCUCGACUCGUCCUUCAACCCUCCCACACUCGCCCAUCUCCAAAUUGCAAUAUCGGCCCUGCGAGAAAAGCCUGACUCUCAUGCCCGGUUGUUGCUCUUAUUGGCUACCCAGAAUGCAGAUAAACCCGCCAAACCGGCCUCGUUCGAGGUCCGCCUUCUCAUGAUGGAGCUGUUUGCCCACGACCUCCUGUCACAUUUACAAUCCUCUCAGCAGCAACAGCAACAGUUACCACAGAUUGACAUUGGUGUAACAAGGAAGCCUUAUUUUGUGGAUAAAGCAGCAGAAGUCGAGACUGCAGAUAUCUACCCCGCAUCGCUUGAACAAGUCCAUCUCACGGGCUACGACACCUUGAUUCGCAUCUUCAACCCCAAGUACUAUCCGCCAGAGCAUACUCUCCAGCCUCUCGCGCCGUUCCUGUCCCAGCACAGACUUCGAGUAACCAUGCGGCCCAAUGAUGAAUGGGGCAGCCAGGAAGAGCAACAAAGCUUCCUUGUGAAUCUGGCCCAGGGAGGCCGGAAAAGUGAGGGCGGGAGGCCGGAAUGGGCGCAGCGUAUUCAGUUGGUCCAGGGUAGUAGGCCGGAGGAUCUCCCAGUCAGUUCGACUAAGGCUCGGGAGGCGAUUCAGCAAGAUCCUGGACUGCUGGGGACUUUGGUUCCGCCCAGGGUUCGAGACUUUCUUUCACGGGAGAAGCCGUACGCUGGCAGUUGACGGGACAAUUGACCAUGGCAUGUAGGAAGCAAAUCAAUCGAAAAUAUGGUCGAUUCGAUGAUAGUCAUAAUAGCGUACAAAUACACCAACGUACGUAGAAACCGAAGCUUUUAUGUCCACCCCGAACACCAUAGCGAUGACGCCUGUCCAAAUAAUAAAAUUAUCAAUUCCCACACCCCAUUUACUCAUCAUCUUCUUCCUCCUCCCUCUUGCCCAAAGUAUACGCCAAACCACCACCAACCAAGUUCGCAAAGCCAAGACCCAUUGUAACGCCCCGGACGAUCCCUCGUGCACCCCACUUCUUCAUAAAAGGCUGUUUCCGUCGACCUGCGAGCAACAGAUAGAGUCCCGACCACGCUGCUGAGAUUCCGGCACUAUCUGUCGUGAAGCCUUGGAGAUUUGCGUAGCUCGUGAACAGCAGGACGGGAGGGAAGAGCAUCGGAAACGUUUGGAAGGGACGCAUGUGCUGG